AUGGAUGAAGUGGUUCUCGGUACAAGGUCAAGACUGUACUCAUGCUUCCUCUUGAUACACAGACUCUACUCCAAGGGACGCGUCCUCGGCCACAAGCGUGCUAAGCGCAACACUCGCCCCAACACCUCCCUAAUCCAGAUCGAGGGUGUCACAACGAAGGAGGAUGCCCAGUUUUACCUCGGCAAGCGUGUAGCAUACGUCUACAAAGCUAAGAGGGAGAUACAGGGCUCGAAGGUUCGUGUAAUUUGGGGUCGUGUCACCCGUCCACACGGCAACUCCGGCGUUGUGAAAUCAAAAUUCAGAUCUAACCUUCCUCCACGCGCAUUCGGUGAAAAUGUCCGCAUUAUGCUGUACCCCUCGACAGUCUGA